UAACGAAUUUAUUUCGUAGUUCUAGGCAAGACUAACCACAAAUAAUCCGACAGAUAGGCCAAAUGUAAAUUAAUAAAAUGAUAAUAAUUGAUAAAUUUGUUAAUAAAAACCUGAAUUAUUUUUAUAAGACAGUUUAUAGAACUAUUCAAAAGAGAUAUUCUUCGACAACACAAGUAUCAAAGGUUGAUUUAACUGAAAUUCCCUUGGAAAGAAUACGAAAUUUCAGUAUAAUCGCUCAUGUAGAUCACGGAAAAAGUACACUAGCUGAUCGCCUACUAGAAUUUACUGGUGCCAUCAAAUCAACUGGUAGCAAUAAACAAGUUUUAGAUAAGUUGCAAGUUGAAAGAGAAAGGGGCAUUACUGUGAAGGCACAGAGUGCUUCACUAUUAUAUAACUACAAGGGGAAUUAUUUGCUGAACUUGAUAGAUACUCCAGGACAUGUUGAUUUUUCCAAUGAGGUUUCAAGAAGUUUAUCAGCAUGCCAAGGAGUAAUUCUCCUUGUAGAUGCUAAUGAUGGUGUUCAGGCUCAAACAGUAGCCAACUUUUAUCUUGCAUUUGGCAAUGACUUGCGCAUCAUUCCGGUUUUGAAUAAGAUUGAUUUGAAGAAUGCUGAUCCAGAGAGGGUGUGUGGACAAUUGAAUACACUAUUUGACAUUGAAGCAAAAGAUGUUCUGAAGAUUUCAGCAAAAAUGGGAAUCGGUAUUCAAGAGGUAAUAGAGGCAAUAAUUGAAAGAUUACCGCCACCAGAUGUUGAUAGAAAUUCAAAAUUUCGUGCCUUAAUCUUCGACAGUUCCUUCGAUAAAUAUCGCGGAGCAUUAUCAUUGCUCUACGUCAAAGAUGGCUCAAUUAAAGUCGGCGAUUCUAUACAAUCAUGUUAUACUCAGAAAACUUACGAAGUGAAAACACUUUCAGUUUUAAGACCACAAGAAGAAAACGUUCAAAAAUUAAUCGCAGGACAAAUAGGUCUUCUGGGCUGUAACAUGCGCAGUAGUAAAGAAUCAUUCAUCGGCGAUACAAUUUUCAACACAAAUGCACCAACGGAAGCUCUGACUGGUUUUGAACCACCCAAACCCAUGGUUUUCGCUGGGAUUUUCCCAUUUGAUCAGUCACAACAUGUUAAUCUACGGAGCGCAAUCGAGAAACUAGCGCUGAAUGAUUCGGCUGUGUCAGUAAGCAUUGAUUCAAGUCCUGCGUUAGGACAAGGUUGGCGUUUAGGUUUCCUCGGUUUACUGCAUUUGGAAGUUUUCUCACAGCGUUUACAACAAGAAUUCGGAGCUGAUCCGAUUCUCACCGCGCCAUCAGUGACUUACAAAAUAAAAUUAAAGGAAACGAACAAAACGCUUAAAGAAGGCGUUGAUACACUUAUGAUUAACAAUCCGGCGUUAUUUCCAGAUGCGGUUAAGAUUAAAGAAACUUUUGAACCAAUUGUAAUAGGGACUAUUAUAACCCCAGAUGAGUAUCUGGGACAGGUGAUAUCCCUUUGUACAGAACGUCGUGGCAUUCAACAAAACGCACGCAACAUUGACAAUGAACGCAUAAUGCUGACCUAUGAGUUACCGCUGAGUGAGAUUGUCGUCGACUUUCACGACACUUUAAAAACUAUUUCGUCUGGUUACGCUAGUUUUGAUUAUGAGGACGCUGGUUAUAAAUCAAGCCCUGUUGUAAAAAUGGCAGUACUGCUCAAUGGCGUCCCAGUUGAUGAACUAAGCAUAAUAAUCCAUGUCUCCAGAGUACAAACAAUUGGUCGUAGGCUUGUAUUAAAGUUAAAAGAUAUUAUACCACGUCAAAUGAUACAAAUUGCGAUUCAGGCCGUUGUCGGUGGUAAAGUUAUCGCCAGAGAAACUUUGAAAGCAUAUCGUAAAGAUGUUACAGCAAAACUUUAUGGCGGUGAUGUAACGAGACGCAUGAAAUUGUUAGCGCAACAAGCUGAAGGUAAGAAAAGAAUGCGUAGCGUAGCAAAUAUUCAACUACCUCGUGAGACGUUUAUCGAUGUCUUAAAGAAAUAAUGUAUAUAACUAGACAAAUAAAUUUUGUUAAAAUAGA